CUCCCCUUCUGAUCCCACUCUGCCUCACCGGAAAUCCAAAAGUUGUUUUGAUUGGCGAAAUGGAACCAGCAAAAAUCGACUGGAACAGAAUAGACUCUCGCUUCGUUGAGGAUUAUGUUUAUGAACACAUCAACGCUCCCAAAUGGGUUCAUUUCUUAGCCAUUGAUCAUCCCUCCAUUGUCGAUGAUGAUGAUGAUGUUGAUGAUGUCUGGUUCUGCACACCUGGAGGGCAAACCCAGAUUCAAUCUUCAGUUUUUUCUAAGGUUGAUGAUAAUGAAAACCAGAACCCGAAUUUAUCAACCUCUCCUCCGAAUCAGCAAGCUAAUUCUUUGAAAGCGGCGAUCAAGUCGAGCAGUGAAAGGAAGAAACCAACGCUGAAAAGUACUCUGUCCACUAGGAACUUGUUUGCUGGUAGGGAUAUACUGAGUCAUAUAAGCGAGUUUUGCAACGAGUUGAAGAAACUGGCUACCAGGGCAAGGGAGAGAGAAACAGAGGAGAAGAAGAUUCAAGGUGAAGAGGCUGUGGUGGAGAAAGAGAGGAAGCCAUUGCUCGAGAAACCUGUUGUGAUGCAGAAUGGAAUUGACAUUGCUAAAGAGAGAGAAAGGAUUAAAGAAUAUUGGAUAAGAAAAGUUUGUUUAUGUUGUGUGAUAUUGUGCAGAAGCAGAACACACGAGUCUGAAGCAGAGGACAUUGCCCCUCCUCUCUCUCUAAAUCUGGAGAAUGUAAAGAACAAAGACAAAGAGUUGCUGCAAAUACGGGUCAAUCCACCCUCUCCACAGUGCUUUUCUGCUCCUAUCAAAACCACUACCCCUUCGAAGGCUCCCAUAUCCAAAGUCACGGAAAUGGGGUUCCUUCAAGAAGUGAAGCAAAACAAGGAUACCAAAACAGACAAACCUCGGAGCAGAGCUUCUACUGCUUCUGCUAUUACUAAUGUUGAUGUUACUGAUGGAAGCCAAGCAAGAGCGCUGGAUGUAUUUUGGUUCCUCGAGCCUUGCACACUGUCUGAGUAA